CCGAGCAGACGGACUCCCUUUUCUACCACAUGUGCUUCUUCUCCCUUGCAACCCCUUCAGUUAACUGUUUUCACCUCCAGCCGUCUCGGUGAUGCGCCGCUUCUGUGCAGCUUCGCCCUUGACUUCCUAAAUUGCCCGCUAUUUCCGGGUCCUCAGCUCCUCCCAGCACCGCACCGCAAAUACCUGGAGGCGCCGGAUAUUGAGCGCCGCACGUCGUCGCAAGACAGCUUCUCCGCCCCAUCCACGCCUCCCAAGGACGCUCAAGUCCACACUUAGCAAGCUGGAGGACCCCACAGUUCCGGAGAAGGCCCAGCCGUCGAGCGCGCCUCGGUCUCCCCGCGCCAUGGCAAACUCCCAGCGAUAUCUGCGAUAUAUUGUCUUCGCUCUCGUCUGUCUCAUUCUUCUUUUCUUCAUAUCCUCUUCCUCGUCUGGGCCAUCAUCAUGGCCGAGUAUCACCAACCCGGCUGCCAAUGGCUCUAUCACCAGCCCGGAGAAGCCGCCAACCACCCCCAAUACCGGGUCCUCGCCGCCUCCCGCCACGGCCGCCGGCGGUCGUAUGAAUGCCACGUUUGUGACACUUGCCCGCAACAGCGAUCUCUGGGAGAUUGCCAAAUCGAUCCGGCACGUCGAAGACCGCUUCAAUCGCAAGUUCAACUACGACUGGGUCUUUUUGAAUGAUGACGACUUUGAUGACGAGUUCAAGAAAGUUACCUCGGCGUUAGUCUCUGGGAAAACCAAAUAUGGGCGUAUUCCCACCGAACAUUGGUCGUUCCCCGACUUCAUCGAUCAGGACCGCGCCGCCAAGGUUCGCGAGCAGAUGAAGGAAGCCAAGAUCAUCUAUGGCGAUUCCAUCAGCUACCGACACAUGUGCCGCUACGAGUCCGGAUUCUUCUUCCGGCACCCUUUGAUGCUGGACUAUGAGUGGUAUUGGCGCGUAGAACCUAGCGUGGAGUUCUUUUGCGACAUCGACUAUGACCCGUUCCAAUAUAUGGCCGACAAUAAGAAGAAAUACAGUUUUGUACUCAGCUUGUACGAGUACGUCGAGACGAUCCCUACGCUAUGGGAUGCGGUCAAGAACUUCACCAAGGCUCACCCAGAGCAUAUUGUCGAGGGCAAUAUGAUGAAUUGGCUCAGUGAUGAUGACGGCAAGACGUAUAACCACUGCCACUUUUGGUCCAACUUUGAGAUAGGCAACCUGAAUUGGCUCCGCUCCAAAGCCUAUCUCGACUAUUUCAACUCUCUCGACCAUGCUGGCGGGUUUUUCUACGAGCGCUGGGGCGAUGCGCCGGUGCACUCCAUCGCUGCUGCGCUCAUGCUAAAAAAGGAGGAGAUCCAUUUCUUCAACGAUAUCGCGUACUAUCACGUUCCCUUCACGCACUGCCCUACCGGAGAAGAAUAUCGGUUGCAACACAAAUGUCACUGCAACCCCAAGGAUAACUUUGAUUGGAAUGGGUACUCUUGCCUGUCCAGAUAUUACGAAGUCAAGGGAAAGGAGAAACCAGCGGGGUACGAAAAAGAACAACAGCAAUAAGUUGUCCGUCUUUCACAUCUUCCAUCUCUUCUUUCAGCUCUCAUUACAGCUUGUUCCUCUGAACCGUGCCCUCUCAUUUCGCUCCGGCGGUUUCUCAGCAUGAGUGGAUCUCUGACGUCUAUCAAAGCGCCCCCUCCUCCACCUCACAGUGGGUAUGGUGGACCCUCCGGUGGGUAGCAUUGCUACUCUUCCUCAUUACCGCGUUUGGGGUCUGGUUUGGGCAAAAGAGAAACAGCUGGGCGGCAUAGGCGUGGCUGUU